GCGUGCGAAAAACCUGUCAGCAGAAUUCGUUUAUAAGACGGUGCGAGUCCAACGAACGACCACAGUCGCAACCCGAAGAUUACUAACAGUCUUCAAACGUCUGCUGAACUCGUCUUACAAAAAAACACAACACACUCACUCUCCAACAUGAAUCGUCUGUCAAUUGUAUUGGUUAUCGCAUUGGUCGGUUACUCACUGGGUGCACCAGGCUACGGGAGUGGAUCACAAAAUAAUGGUAAUCAAGGUGAAUACCAACAGAGUGGCCACGGUGGUGGCUUACAACACGGAAGCAGUGGAAGCCAGGGACAUGGUAGCAACCAAGGAUAUGGUAGCAACCAAGGAUAUGGUAGCAACCAAGGACAUGGUAGCAACCAAGGAUAUGGUAGCAACCAAGGACAUGGUAGCAACCAAGGAUUUGGUAGCAACCAAGGAUUUGGUAGCAACCAAGGACAUGGUAGCGGCCAAGGACAUGGUGGACAUGGGCAAGGAAAUCAAUAUGGCAACAAUCAAGGAUACGGUUCACAACACGGACAAGGUGGUCAUGGAUCAGGUUCACAACAACACGGACAAGGUGGUCAUGGUUCAAAUCAUCACGGACAAGGUGGUCAUGGUUCAAAUCAUCAUGGAAACUACUAAAACUUCAAUCGCAACGUAAAUGUCAUCCGAAUCCCCUAUAUCACCAUUUUCUGGGACGUACCUGCGACGUAUUAUAAUAGAGUUGUCGACUAAUAUUAUUAUUUAUUUCACUAUUAUUUAUACCUAAAUUGUAAAUUUGCUUUAUAAUACUGUACCUAUUAUAUGAGAUUUUGAAUUGUAAAGAUCAACCAAUUAAACAUUUUUCUUUAAAAAAA